AUGGACUGCAAGAGGUUCAUGCAGCUGGUCGAGGAGAAGAAGAAGAGGAUCCUGGAGAAGAAGGAAGCCCCACUUAGAUGGGAGCAGAAGCUUGAAGCUGCUGCAAAGAUGAAGGCCGACGCCGAAGCCAAGGAGAGGAAGCUGACGAAGGCCGAGCGCAAGAGGAAGACGGCAUCGGCAUCCAAUGAUGAGGACAGUGACAGCAGAAGCAGCGACAGCAAUAGAAGGACCGCCAGAAGACACCGGAGGCAUGCCCACGACGAUCCAAAGACCGGCAGGAAGUCUAAACGCAGGUUGAGGAAGAAGCACGGUUCGUCCAGCAGCAGCGAGGAAGAGAGCAGCGGCGACGAUUAUGGGAGCGGAUCGGAGGAUGAGCGGCAGAGAAAGAAGCGAGCCCAUAAGAGGCGGUGGCGCCGCCGCCACUCCAUCAAUGGUGGGUCAGAUUACUCUUCCAGUGAUGAAGAUGACGAGAAGAUCAGGAAGCGCCGGUCACGUUUUGGCAGCGACGACUCGUCCUCCGAGUUUGAAGGUCGGCUAAGCGUUGAAUGUUCUUCUGAUAUGGUGGAUAAUCAGAGCCCGCCGCCACAUGGGAAGUCUUCUGGAGGGAGCCAAGAUGAUGAGGCUGAGAAACCCAGCAGCCAUCAUCACCGCCGCCACCACCACCACAAUCAACAUCAUCAUAAGCACCACCACCGCCGUCAUCAGGGCAGUGGAGGGAAGCACGACCGGCGGCGCUCGGCAGAGCCAACUGGGAAGACUGAGGAUGCUUGA